AUGGAACAAGGAUGUGAUGCGGGAGAGAAGUAUCGUGUGAGGAGGAAUCGGAAGAGGCUAACAGACGGGAAGAAGAGACUUAAUCGAGGAUUCGAGUUCGUUGUUGGGUCAACAGAAGUAGGUUUAUUCGAGAGCUUCGCGCUGCUUGUUGUAUGGUAUGGAGGCAGUGAUGUUAUGAGAAGCAAGCUGCGGUAUUUGAGCUUAGUCGUCUCUUCGAUGUACCGAAUAUUAUUAUUAUUGCCCCUGCGCGCUCAUCCGCCACCCAUGUCCCACCGGGGAGCUUCGACGCGUAGCACUGUCCUGCGUAUUUGCACAGUUGAACCAACAACAAACUCUCUGUCGAUUAAUAAUACUAUUGCAGUGGCGGUCUGGAUGAAUUGUGCUAGUCUCAUUCUUUCCAGCCGCCGUUAUUAUGGACGACGACAGAACAAAAGCGAACAGCGACGGUGA